AUGGCCAAAUCAAAACCAAUAAAAAAAAAUGAAGUAACUACACCUGUAAAUAACAACAAUAACAAUAAUAAUAGUAAUAAUGAAGAAAAUGAAGAGAUAGAUUUAGAUGAUGUUAAAAAGAAAUUUCAAGAAUUUAAAAUUAAAAAUAAACAAAAAAAAGAAGAACAUGAAAAAGAGAUAAAAAAGAAAUCAACCGAAAAUCAUGAAUCUCAUAAUGACCAUAAUGGUGGUGCUCAUCACUCUGGCGUAAAGAGAUCAAAACCAUUGCAACCAUUUCCAGCACUUCACUUUUUCAAAGAAUCAAAUCCUUCAAAAUCUCCAGGUUGGUAUUUAGAAAAAUGGAGAGAAAUGGCUGACCAUGAAAAAAAACCAUUUUAUGAUUUAGCACAAAAAGAUAAAGAAAGAUAUCAAACCCAAAUGGAAGAAUAUGAAAAGAUUCAUAGCUCUAUUAACCAUCAAAAACCACAAAAAAAACAAUUAAAGAAAAAGGUGGAAAGUGGUGGUUCCGAUGAUGAAGAAUCAAAGAAUAAUGGUGCACCAAAGAAAUUGAGUAAAAAAGAGAAAUUGAAAAAAACUCAAGAGGAUAAAUUAAUUGUAAAACAAAAUAGAUUAAAUGGAUACAAAAAAGAUGGAUGUGAUUUAAAAAAUGGUGCGUCAACUACCACCACCACUACCACAACUACUUCAAAUGUAAAAAACUCUGUAAAUAGUAAUAAUAAAAAGAAAAUUCAAGGUAAGGAAAAUGAUAGUGAAGAUGAUAAUGAAGAUGAAGUUGAAAGUGAGAACUAUGAUAAUGAAGAAGAAGGUGAAGAAGAAGAUGAUGAUGAUGAUGAGGAAGAAGAAGAAGAUGAUGAUGAUGAAGAUGAUGAAGAUGAUAAUGAAGAAUCUGGUUCUGAAUCUGAAAAAAGUAAUAGUGAUAUAUAUGAUGAUAGUGUUUUCGUUGACGAGGAUGAUGGUGAUGGUUGGGGUGAUAUGAAGAGAGGUUUUAAAUCUUCACAUCACAAUUUCAAAGGUGCAAAUUGUGGUGGAAGAAGAAUUAAAUGGAAUAAAUAA